GAAGGGGCCGAUCUUGGCGCAAAGAAAAUCCAUUGAAGAGGGAACGAUGAGGUAGUGAAAAGUCCACUCGAUGAUCUCCAGAGGGGGGAGGAAAAUGGAACCCGUUUCUCCAGGGAUUAGUUCCCCUGUCUUCUACUACUUGUUCUUCUUCCUACUCCUCUCGCAAUGCGUCGCCGUCCGGCAGGUUUUCAGGCGAGAUCCCGGACAUCCUCAUUGGCACCAUAGCGCGUUCCACGACGUCAGGGACGAUGUCCGUUUUGAUCUCCAUCGGAUGCUUCAUUCCCGUGCGGAGGUCCCGUUUCAAGUGCCGCUAGAGAUUAACGUUGUUCUGGUCGGAUUUAACGCCGACGGCGGGUACAGAUAUACACUUGAUGCACAUAAACUGGAGGAGUUUCUGAAGAUCAGCUAUCCGACGCGGCGACCCGCUUGUUUGGAGACAGGCGAGCUCCUGGAUAUCGAACACCGGCUGUUCUACAAUGUUAUCUCUGUUGGACAGCCAGAACUUAUAGCUCUUGAGAAAUCAUUGAAGGCAGCCAUGGUUCCUGCUGGAACUGCAAGAGAGAGUGAAUAUGGCAUGACAGUCCCUGUUUUUGAGGUGGAAGCAACUGAAGUGGAGCCUGUCUUUAAGCAACUAUACUCCUUCAUAUUUGACAUGGAUGGUGAUUCUUCUAGGACUGAGAAGGAUCAACCUCUACCCAGUGUCAUUUUCAUUGUGAAUUUUGACAAGGUCAGAAUGGAUCCUAGAAACAAAGAAAUUGAUCUUGAUAGGCUAAUGUAUGACAGAAUGAAUGAGCUCACAAAUGAUGAGCUAAGGAAACAAGAGGGUGGUUACAUUUAUCGCUAUCGUUAUAAUAGAGGUGGUGCCUCUCAAGUUUGGUUAGGUUCUGGCAGAUAUGCUGUCAUUGACCUUUCAGCAGGCCCUUGCACAUAUGGAAAGAUAGAAGCUGAAGAAGGAAGCAUCAGUUAUAAGACGAUCCCUAGGCUGCAUAAUGUGAUAUUUUUAAGGGACAAGCUAAUGAGCAGUAGUUCUACUGAGGAUGUCUUUGUUGGACAGCUGGCUGCUUUGAUUUCAACCACAAUUGAGCAUGUUAUGGCACCGGAUGUUCGGUUUGAAGCUCUUGAACUAAACACUCGGUUACUUGUGCCUAUAAUUGUCCUGCAAAAUCAUAAUCGGUAUAGUUUAUUUGAGGCUGGCCAUAAUUACAGCAUUGAUAUACACGCAAUUGACAGAGAGGUGAGAAAAAUGGUUCAUGCUGGGCAAGAAGUCGUCAUUGUUGGAGGUGCUCAUGCUUUACAUGGCCAUGAGAAGUUGGCAAUUGCAGUUUCAAAAGCAUUACGCGGCCAUUCCCUCCAAGAGACGAAGACGGAUGGUCGCUUUCAUGUUCACACAAAAACUUACUUGGAUGGUGCAGUUCUAAAAGAAGAAAUGGAACGGUCAACAGAUGUCCUCGCUGCUGGUUUGCUUGAGGUUUCUGAUCCUACCCUUUCAAAUAAAUAUUUUCUUCGCCAGCACUGGAUGGACGAGUCUGAUGAAUCAGGUGAUUCCGUUAUCAAGCAUCGGCCUAUUUGGGCUUCGUACACCCCUACCUCUGCCAAGGAGAAGAAAACAAGCAAGAAGAAAAAGCAUGGGAAUCUGUAUAGAACCUAUGGGACCAGAGUUAUUCCUGUCUUUGUGCUGUCCCUAGCUGAUGUUGAUGCAAACCUCCUGAUGGAUGAGGAAAGCUUGGUGUGGACAAGCAAUGAUGUUGUCAUCGUUCUCCAGCACAACAAUGAUAAAAUACCUUUGAGCUAUGUUUCAGAAACCGAGAGAAGACAUGCUCAACCAUCAUUAGCACAGCGGCAUAUUUUAGCUGGACUGGCUUCUGUAGUGGGUGGAUUGAGUGCGCCUUAUGAGAAGACCUCACAUGUGCAUGAACGGCCAGUUUUGAAUUGGCUAUGGGCCACUGGUUGUCACCCAUUUGGUCCGUUCUCUAAUUCUUCUGAGAUUAGUCAAAUGCUUCAGGAUGUUGCUUUGAGGAAUACAAUUUAUGCACGUGUUGACUCUUCUCUUCGUAAAAUACGUGAAACUUCAGAGGCUGUGCAAACAUUUGCUGGGCAAUACCUAAAAACCCCUCUUGGUGAACCCAUCAAAGGAAAAAAGAAGAAAUCUGGCACUGAACUAUGGCUAGAGAAGUUCUAUAAAAAAACAACCAACUUACCAGAACCGCUUCCCCAUGACCUAGUUGAGCGCUUAGAGAAGUACUUAGAUAGCCUUGAAGAGCAACUUGUGGACCUUUCCUCACUGUUGUAUGAUCAUCGGUUGGAGGAUGCACAUCUGAACAGCUCAGACAUAUUUCAGAGCACGAUAUUUACACAACAAUAUGUCGACCGUGUGUUGGCCUCGGAGAAGGAGAAGAUGAAGUGCUGCGAGAUCAAGUAUAAGAUGCCUAUGCAAUCAUCACAAACAUUCAUCUAUGGGGGGAUACUGGUUGCUGGUUUCAUUGUUUAUUUCCUCGUGAUUUUCUUUUCAUCUCCUGAUAGAUGACUGCUUAGCUGGGGUAAUAAGGGAAAGGGCUUGCAAGUAGAGUUUUGCCAUCACGAUUUUUGUUAGUGCCUGUCAGGCUUCUGUAACUUUUUGUUUAUAUCCUCAAACGGAAGAAUGACAAGAAAAAAAAUUGAGCCUUCAAUGUGUAGUAAGUGUUAUUGUAGAUUUGUCAUUUAUAUUGCAAAUGCAGAAAGAAAUAGCAGGAAGAAUGAUUCCUUCCGUGCUUUGCUGUUU